UCAACGAUUUUUUUAUUCUGGAAAGCCGUUGCGCCAAUUCUCCCCGAUCAUAGGCACAGCCCCAAUGACGGGAAAUGACUGCCGGUCUCCAUGAAUCGCUAUCUCAAGCUUAGCUCCUCCCUUCCGCGGGCGUCGAGACUGAAUUCAGUCUCCGCCCUGCUCCGCUCCGCCAGUCCCCGCACGCUCGACAUCUCCCGCUCGUAUGCGACGCACAGUAACCUAGGCCGCGAUGGCUCAGCUCCCGGCGGUACAAGAAGGAGGCAGAUUACUGUUAUGUCAGAUGAUGGCCGACUGCCCUGGUCGGAACUCAGUGGAACGGAGAAGGCUGCUCGCGCGACGCAGCAGUCCUUCAACUUUGUGGUUGUGCUGAUCGGUGCUGUUAUGACGGGCGGUGUUUUCUAUUUCCUCUUCACCGACGUCCUCUCCCCGAACAGCCCAACUAGACAGUUCGACAAAGCCGUGGAUCGCAUUAAGGAUGACCCGCGGUGUACGGAGCUGCUGGGAGACCCCAAAGAGAUCGUCGCUCAUGGCAGCAGUACAGGGAGCAGAUGGGCUAGGAACAGACCCAUUGCGACCAAUGUUGAGACAGACCAGUCGGGUCGAGAGCACUUGAAAAUGCAAUUUUGGGUUGAGGGACCUCGCAAUGAGGGUCACGUCAACCUGCAUAUGGUCAGGCAACCGGAUCAGUGGGAGUACGAAUACCUGCUUCUUGCAGUGGAUAUCAAAGGCCACCAGCGGAUUUAUCUCGAGAAUGCUGCGGAUAAGAUCAAAGGUGGGAAGGGUCCAUUGAAGAUAUUCGGUAUCCAGUGGCGUUAGGUGAUGGUAUCUUGUCCGUCGUCGAUUCCAACCUUGAUACAUCGUACGGGAUACACAGAUACGAAGGGUUUCUUUCUCAGAUGGAGAGGCUAUCUUCACCAGCAGCCCCUGUGAGGCCUUCUUAGGAGAUUUCCACUGGCCUGAAUUAUUUCAGAGUGCCCGGUGCAUGGAUACGGUGCAUAUAUCUGAAAUGUCGAGGUUUAUCUAUGCCACAUCCACUGGCAUUGCAUUUCCGCUACACUAGUUAAUCUCUCUUGACUAUUGAUCGAGUAGUGAUCACACCUCAUGUAUUUAUAGAUGCAUUCUAUGUCUAUGACGACAGCAA